AUGGCUAUCGCAUACGAAGGUCAGGACAAGAAUCCGGAGAUGUGUCGAGUCUUGCUGACACACGAAGUUAUGUGCAGUCGUUGCUGUGACAAGAAGAGCUGUGGAAACCGAAAUGAGACACCGUCUGAUCCAGUUGUAAUUGACAGGUGCAUCCGAAGGGGCCAUUAUCUCUCCUACCGUUUGGGCAUUUUGGCCGCUUCACAUGAUUUCAUUGGCGGACUCAGGGCAGGUGAUGACUAUGGAGACUUUCGUCUACUCCAGCAGCUUGUUUUUGACGGGGUCUGCCGUCGGAACCCUUUAUUAUUAUGCACAGGAGCAAUUUGGUCUGCUGGUGUGGAGUACAGAAUUGAGCUUAAGCUGGAUCACUUUGAACACGAGCACAGGAGACUUCCUAUGAAAGAGCGUCUUUUGAUACGAAAAGAAAUGGAGCACUAUCCCCUAGUUGCGGCGAGCGGAUGUACCGAAUUGCGGCCGAAAGGUGUUCAAGGCUCAUCCGACUUUUUGCCAUAUUCCUCACAUUCAGGUUUUCCCAUUUAG